UCAAGCAUCACUCCAUUGCGUCCAUGUUUUGGCCUCUUUUCAUACAUUCUAAUAGACUACACACAAACUACUAAAAGGGACCAAACAGUCGAGUAAUAGUCGAGAGAUAGUCUGCACGUGAUUUUGUUUUGAUGACUGAAUCAACUCUUGAUGUGUCGUCUCUACGAUUGGAGCGCGAGUUUGUUCACGACGUCUACGACAACAUCGCUGACCACUUUUCCCGCACGCGAUACAAGCCAUGGCCACGUGUCGAGCGUUUUGUGGAUUCGUUGUCAAUCGGGUCGUUGUUAUUAGACGUCGGCUGUGGAAAUGGAAAAUAUAUGACAAUCAGAAAGACAAACGAAUUGGCAGUCAUUGGAUGUGAUAGAAGUCAAAGUCUGCUUCAGAUUUGUCGGCAAAAACAGUUGGAAUCAGUUGUUUCCGAUUGUUUGAAUUUAUCUUCUUUUAGACCACAAUUCGAUGCCAUUCUUUGUGUAGCAGUUCUUCACCAUUUGUCGACUGAAGAAAGACGUCGAAAAGCCAUUCAACAGAUUAUCGACUGUUUAUCGAUUGGAGGAAAAGCUUUGAUAACUGUUUGGGCGUUCGAACAAAACAAAAACGGAUCCCAAAGUCAUUACAUCCGAAAAGAGUCGCAAAAAGAACCGCAAAUCCACUCGAAAACAGGUCUUUGUCUUCAUGUCGGAGGAACCGCUUUCACAGACCAAGAAGUUCUCGUCCCGUUUGCCAACAAAACGCAUCUCCGAUACUAUCACGUGUUUCGCGAAGGAGAACUCGAAGGUCUGGUUUCGGGAAUCAAAAGCGCGGAAUUGGAAGAAGUGUUUUACGAAUCGGGAAAUCAUGGAAUCGUUUUAACAAAAACUCGUUUUAUUCAAUAGAAAUUACGCGCCGACAGAAUCCACUCGAGAAGUGGCCACGUGAACCGUGUGCUGAACUUUAGCCAAAUUUUGGGCCCAUUUAUGCAAAGUUUCGCGCAAUUGAAUCCAUUGCGGUCUUCCGAAGGUUCGGUGCAUUGUAGAAGACACAAGAACACGAUGGUUCACUUGAUCCACUUUCGCGCGCACCAAUUUCGUGCGAAGAACUGUGAAUUAGUAAUAAAAAUUGUUAUAAAAAGA